GCUUAGUGGUGGCAUUGUCUCGGUGGGUAUAGGGGAUUGCUAAUUAUGAAUGCGCGCGUCCCGGGACGUCCGUCCAGCUGAGAGCAGAUGUGCCGGCGGGAGAAGUGGAUGCGCAGCGCCCCCCUGCGACGCCUGCGCCACCCGCUGGAGGAGAGCCCCGCCUGGGGCCUGGUGGGCGGCGCCCUGGCCGGCGUCGCGGCGCUGCUGGUGGCGCUGCCCGUGCUCGCCGCCGCCUGUGUGCUGCUGCCGUCCUGCCUGCUGGCGCGCCGGCUGCUGCUGCUGCUCUUCUUCUUCUGGAGCCGCCGGCCCGCUGACGGGGAGCCGGAGCGCGUGCGCGGCAACGACGGCCGCUGGCUGGGCUCUGCGUGGCGCCGCUCCGUCAUCCACGCGGUGCUGGUGUUCGAGGCCGGCUCGGGGCUGGACGUGGCGCAGCUGCGACGCCUGCUGAUGGAGCGCGUGGUGCCCUUGUACCCGCGCCUCACGCGCUUGCCCGUGCCUUUGCCGCUGUCGGCGGGCGCCGGCCACUGCUGGCUGCCCGACCGCGCCUUCGACAUCCGGCGGCACGUGUUCUCUGGCCCCGAGCCGCUGGCUACCGAGAAGCUGCUGCAGGAGUACGUGGCGCAGCUGCUGUCGGAGGGGCUGGCGGCCGACAAGCCGCCCUGGGAGGUGCACGUGUUGCGCGGCUACGGCCGGCACGAGGACACGGUGGCCGUGCUGCGCGUGCACCAGAGCGUGGCCGACGGCAUGGCGCUGGUGCGAGUGCUGUGCCACUCGCUGGCCGACUGCCACUCGCUGCGCGUGCCGCAGAGGCCGCACUUCGGGGCGGUGGCGUUCGCGGCGAGCGUGGUGCGGGCGUGCCUGUCCGGCCCGCUCACGCUGCUGCAAGCUGCACGGGGCGAGCCACCGUCGCCUGGUCCGCGGCCAUAG